UGACAGUCACUUAGAAACACCGGGAUACAGGACUGACUACAUAAUUACAACAUCAAUGACAGCUAAUAAAUGCAAGUAGGCUAAAGCAGAAAGUUAAAUACUUAACGUUCUUUGAUCAACAACAGUCUGCGAUGGCAUUUCUACAGCAGUUUGCACUCCUUCUAGCAUUAUUAAUCGUUUUGAGUAGUUCAUGUGCUGGAGUAGGCCUUAACUAUUCUUCAAAGUCAUCAGUCACUACUAAUACUACUACCUCUACCAACGAUUCCACCGAUGGACAUGCAGCUUCGACAAUCACUACAUUACCUAUUGUCAUCUGGAAAUGGCAUCAUGUGGAAACGCCAUACCUGGUGGCCCUCUGGAUAUUGACCUGUUGGCUCUGUAAAUUGGUUGCUCAACUGAACCACAGUUUCACCACUGUGAUCCCAGAGAGUGGUCUGCUCAUUAUGAUGGGCUUUAUUUUGGGAGGAAUCGUCUGGGGGGCAGACAAGGCGCAGACUUUCAAACUGAUCCCCGUCAACUUCUUCUACUACUUGCUUCCCCAGAUCGUCUUAGAUGCAAGUUACUGCAUGCCAAACAAACUAUUCUUCAGCAACCUGGGAGCCAUUCUCGUCCAUGCUGUUAUCGGAACAUGCUGGAAUGCUGGCACAGUUGGCGUUGCAAUGUGGGGCUGCUAUGAAGGGGGUGCAAUGGGGAACUUGAACAUCGGGCUUCUGCAGUUCCUGUUGUAUGGUGCACUGUUGUCUGCCGUGGACCCUGUGGCAGUGAUUGCCGUGUUUGAGGAAGUGCAUGUGAAUGAAGUGCUUUACAUCCUGGUGUUCGGAGAAUCACUGCUCAACGAUGGCGUCACAGUGGUGCUCUAUAAUGUGUUUGAUGCAUUUGUGUCUCUGGGAGGCCCGAAGAUCAACGCCGAAGAGAUUAUCAAAGGAAUAGUUUCGUUCUUUGUUGUGUCAUUUGGAGGCUCGUUUCUUGGUGUUGUGUUUGCCAUUCUGAUAUCAAUGCUGACCAGGAUCACUUAUAAAGUCCAGAUCAUCGAAGCCGGCUUCAUCAUUGUGCUUGGCUACCUGUCUUACCUGACAGCUGAGAUGCUCUCACUCUCUGCGAUACUUUCGAUCACGUUCUGCGGUGUCUGCUGUCAGAAAUACAUUACCGCCAACAUGGAUGAGAAAUCUGUCUUAACGUUACGUUACGUUCUAAAGGUGAUGGCCAACGGCUCAGAGACCAUGAUCUUCGUCUUCCUGGGAGUUUCAGCUAUUGAUGUAGACAUCUGGGUUUGGAACACUGGCUUCAUCCUCCUCACAAUCCUCUUCAUUGUUGUAUUCAGGAUCAUGGGUGUUUUCUUCCUCAACUGGUUGUUGAAUCAGACUCGAUUAAUUCCUAUUGACCUGACUGACCAGUUGGUAAUGGGCUAUGGUGGCCUGCGAGGAGCAGUGGCGUACGGACUCGCGGCCUCUUUAGAUGAGAAAAAAAUACCAGAGAAGAAUCUGAUGCUUGGUACCACGCUCAUUGUGGUGUAUUUCACUGUUAUUCUUCAGGGGAUCACCAUGAAACCACUGGUCCAGUGGUUGAAGGUUAAGAAAGCAACUCAUUCGGAUCUGACUCUAAAUGGAAAAAUGAACAACAGGGUUUUUGAACACAUACUGACAGCAAUGGAAGACAUCUGUGGCCGAAUGGGAGAUAACUGGUGGACCAGACAUUGGAAAUAUUUUGAAGACAAGUAUAUCUGCUGGCUUCUAAUGAAGAAAGAUGCCAGAGAGCAACAAGACCCAAUCUUUGGUGCCUUCCACAAACUAAAUCUGGAGGAUGCCAAACAAUAUGUAACUGAGGGUGAAAGCAAAGGUGCUCUUGCUUUCAUUCGUAAUUAUGACAAUGCCUCUAUAGACUUCAAGAAGAAGCUUGCUUUAGAGUAUGCAGACAUCAUGGGUGACAUGUCAGAAUAUGAUUUUGACAUUGACAAUGUUCCAGUGACCUCUGUCAUGAAAAACCCGAUUCCCUCUGUAUCCCUGGAUAUCCAUGAGCUAGACAGGAGGAGCAUGCAUGAUGACCUGAGUGCUCAUCAUGUACUGGAUCAUCACCUGUACAAGAGCAGAAGAGAUAACCAUGCCGCUUACAGCCGCAGUAACUAUAAAACCUCAGAGAAUCCAGAUGAAACGCAGGAGAUCUUCCAAAGAACCAUGAGAAGCCGCCUUGACUCCUUUAAAUCAGCUAAGAUGGGUGUCCACCCUUCCAAAAAACUCUCCAAACGUCCCAAGAAGGAUUCAACAUAUAAGCCUAAUGGAAAGCCAGCAGACCCACACAGAACCCAUCCAUUUGGAGAUGAAGAUUUUGAGUUUACUGCAGACAGCACCUCUAGCAGUGAAUUUGCUGGUCACUUCCCCAUGAGAAACACAAACGCGCCUGAUGCUGGUGUCGAUAAUCCAGCGUUCAUACCUGAGAUGGACAUGCCUCCACCCAUGCUGAACCCACCCUGGCAAACAGAGCCAGCAAACAACACGGCUGUGGCACCUUCCCAGAGAGCUCAGGGUCGACUGCCCUGGACGCCCACCAACCUGAGACGUCUAGCACCGCUGAGAUUGAGCGCCCGCUCCACAGACACCUUCGCGAUGGCUGAUGCUUCAGUUGACGACGAGGCACCUGAGGAAAAGCCUGGAACAAAUCAUACUAGAUUGUAAUCUGAUAUUGUUCCAGCAUUAAUUUGCCAAACAAGCGAUUAAGUUAAUGCUCUAAAACUCCACAGAUCUAGGAAUUAUCGUAGUAUUCAUCAUAUAUCUUUAAAAAUUGAUAUACACAUGCAGCAGUUACUUGAAGACAUGCUGGUGUGGUUUUCUUCUCUGAUAUGUUUUACCUAAUUACAUAUAUACAUAUAUGAAAAACCUAAAGGGGGAAGAAAAUUCAUACGGAUUUAGAAGAGACAUUAUCAUUGAAGUACUUAUGUUUGUGGUUAUGGAAUGUUCUUAAGGGUUUCUUUAUACAAAUCCAUAUUGAUUUGGAAGUUGUUAUGGCACUUUAUCACACUGACAACAUGCUAGAGAAUAUAGAAAACAUUGAGCUCAAAAGACAACAUCAUUAUAUAAAUACAUUAUUCAUUCUUUCAUUAUACUCUUAAGCUUAGAUAAUCUUUACGAACUGAGUGGCAAGUGAGAACUAAGAAGCAAUUGUCAACUGGUUCAGGCAUAUCAUGUUUUGUUUUUUUUUCACCUUGGACAUGUUGGUCUAUAUACAUUUUUAAACUCAGCAUGUUGUGUAUGAUUAUUUAUUAUUGCAUGGUCAAUUCUGUGGGUGCUUCUUUGUAGUAUCACAAUAUCUUUUUUCUGCAUUUCUGUAAUCUUACAAUGAUUUAUUUUUGAGUUUUACUCAAAGCUAUUCAUGUUUUAUUAGUCAUAUGAAGACCAUUGAAAUGUAAGUCAUUAAAAUAAUAUUUAAUAGUAACUUAUUAAUGUAUAAAUGUUAUGCUUUAUGAGAACUGGUGAAAUCUGUAACUUUAAAUCAGGUAAUAGUGUCUGAUAAAAUGCAUUUGAACUCUAAGAUUGAGUAAUAUAUAUAUUUAAUUUGUUACAAAUGAGCAAAUAAAACAUUU